CAUUGAUCUGAUUGCGGACAGUUGAAGUGUACGAAAAUGGCGUUCUACGGGAAGAACUUCAAGAAAACCAAGUUUGAAAACAUUGAUGAGCUCCUGGACGCAUUUAAGGCCCCCGACAACGUCCGUGGCUUAGUCAAGAACACCGACAGCACUUCCCGUUUCGAGAAAAACGCCGACGGCUCCGUUCAGUACAUCGUCUCCAAGGAUGGCCAGGAACUCUUCAACCAGAAGAUGACUCCUGGCGUAGAAGCCGACUUCACGACUCCUGACGGCAUCAAGACUAAAGUCACCUGUCAGAUUAACGAAGGUGUGCAGACGGUCAUGACUUUCCCUGAUGGCAAUAAGCUUCAUAUGGACAGGGUGUUUGAAGGCAAUACCAUGAAGAAUAUCAUUUAUAAAGAAGGUUCCGACUUAAAAGGUACUAUCUUCUACGAGCAGGUUUGAAUAGUUUAAAGCAA